AUGGCUUCCGCUACGGUGCGCGUGCUCGCGAGAGGCUCAUACUACGUUCAUCCCCAAGAAGUGGGCCGCCUCAUCAACACCGUCGGCACCGCUGCGAACAGUGAGCACUGGACCCCCGCCGUGCUGCUCUCUGUCCAAGAUUCUGGGUUUGCCUCGGAACAUGCUCAAAUGGCCCUGGACGACUUUGUGCGCCGGGAUGAUGUUUUCUGCGACGACUUUACCUCAGCCGUCAUACUGCAACCCAGUCCGGGCGUAGACAUUGCGCCCGCCCUCGCCCACGAUUCUCUGGCUCAGGGACCCUACUUCAUUCACGGCAAGUCGAUCCAUCAGGCCUGGAAGCUCUAUGAAGAUGAGCUCGGCGCCUUUGUCGUCCCUGUCAUGGCCGAUGAUGUCGUCAACCCAACCAGAGCCUACAAUGAGCUCUACCCACCCCGUACGUCCUCCGCAGACUACGUCACCAAGCUCACGCAACUGGGUGCUAUCAUUGUGGGAAAAACCAAGAUGUCUGCCUUUGCAUCUGCAGAGGAGCCAACUGAUCAGUGGGUUGACUACCACUGCCCCUUCAACCCAAGGGGUGAUACGUAUCAGACUCCGUCGUGCAGUUCCACUGGCGCUGCAUCCGGCAGUAUACGUCUUCCUGCGGCCUUCAAUGGCCUUUUCGGUCUCAGGACCUCGUACGGUAUUGCCUCCAGACAAGGUAUCGUCCCGAGCUGCAAGUAA